CUGUGUUGCCUCCAUCCAUUUUGUUUUAGUGAAAAAAGAUUCUCAAAAGUAACAGACGCGCAUUAACAAAAUUGACAUUGCAGUAUAAAUAGUGACACUUUUAGCAUAUUCCACAACUUAACUAAAUUCCCAGAGUGCAACGCAAUGGCACAAAACAUCAGCCCUGAACAGAGUGGUGCUGGUGGCAGUAGCAAACACAACGAUGACUCGCUGCCUAUCAAAGACAAUCAUGCUGUGAGCAAAAGACUGCACAAAGAACUCAUGAACCUAAUGAUGGCCAACGAGAAGGGAAUUUCGGCGUUUCCAGACGGCGAAAACAUCUUUAAAUGGGUCGGCACCAUUGCUGGCCCAAUAAACACUGUGUACUCGAGCCAGACAUAUCGGUUGUCGCUCGACUUUCCAAAUUCCUAUCCGUAUGCCGCGCCUGUGGUCAAAUUCUUGACACCAUGCUUUCAUCCCAACGUCGAUCUGCAGGGUGCCAUCUGUCUAGAUAUACUCAAAGACAAGUGGUCAGCGCUGUACGAUGUGCGCACCAUAUUGUUGUCCAUACAAUCGCUCCUCGGCGAACCAAACAAUGAGAGUCCACUAAAUGCGCAGGCCGCGAUGAUGUGGAAUGAUCAAAAUGAGUACAAAAAAUACCUAGAUGCCUUCUAUGAGAAGCACAAGGAUACCUAAACACCAAAAAACUGGCGGCGGCUCCAAAACUCAUUCUAUGCUCAUAUUGCGGCGUAUUUAUUACCAUUUGUAUGCGUGGUGCAAGCAACACCUACACCCCGCCCCACAUCUCACCCUUUAUAUUAGUUCAUGCUGUUUUGGUACAUUUGCAUUUCUACUGAAUUUCAUUGAUAGGUACUAUUGGAUUUUUUAAUUUUUGCAGCAAAUUAAUUAUAUGUAAUGUAAUGGUAUAUGUAUGUAAUUUUCAGACCGUCUGUUUCUUUAAGCUUAAGCAUGAAAUUUAGUUAAUUGUUUUUUUAUAAAUGAUUUUUGAAGUAUGUAAGCGGGCUACUGUCAUCAAUUUGUGUACUGAUUUCAAGCAAUUGUGCAGGCCCGGCCAUCAUGUGAAUGUUAGCUAAUUUUAUAGUAACCUCCCAGAUACCCACUCACUACAUAUAUGUAUUUACUUUUAAUGCAGCAGUUUUUUCGACUCGAUAAAUAUAUAUAUAUAAAAAUUUUAGUAUUUCAAAA